AUACUCUCAGCUUCAAUUGCACCUUGCCACCAUUUGAAUCUUCCUCCGAGUCUUCAUUCAACCCCCCACCCUCACAAUGAUUCCCGUUCCCCAAGCAACCGAGCUCAAGGACCUCUUCAACCUCAAGGGCAAGGUCGUCAUCGUCACUGGUGCCUCUGGCCCUACCGGUAUUGGCACAGAGGCUGCCCGCGGAUGCGCCGAGUUUGGCGCUGACCUCGCCAUCACCUACAACUCGCGCGCCGAGGGUGCCGAGAAGAAUGCAAAGGAGAUGAGCGAGAAGUAUGGCGUCAAGGUCAAGGCCUACAAGUGCCAGGUCAACGAGUACGCCCAGUGCGAGAAGCUCGUCCAGGACGUCAUCAAGGACUUUGGCAAGGUCGAUGUCUUCAUCGCCAACGCCGGCAAGACUGCCGACAACGGUAUCCUCGACGCCACUGUUGAGCAGUGGAACGAGGUUGUCGAGACUGACCUGACUGGUACCUUCAACUGCGCCCGUGCCGUUGGUCUGCACUUCCGCGAGCGCAAGACUGGCUCCCUCAUCAUCACAUCGUCCAUGUCUGGCCACAUUGCCAACUUCCCUCAGGAGCAGACCUCAUACAACGUCGCAAAGGCUGGCUGCAUACACAUGGCCAAGUCGCUUGCCAACGAGUGGAGGGACUUUGCCCGUGUCAACUCCAUCUCCCCUGGAUACAUUGACACUGGUCUGUCCGACUUUGUUCCCCAGGACAUUCAGAAGCUGUGGCACUCCAUGAUCCCCAUGGGCCGUGACGCCAAGGCUACUGAGCUCAAGGGUGCCUACGUCUACUUUGCCUCUGAUGCUUCAUCGUACUGCACUGGCUCCGAUCUCCUCAUUGACGGUGGUUACUGCGUCAGGUAAACGUGUUGCUUCUGGACGAGGACACGAAGGAAUAAAUAAAAUAAUAUCCCAGCGCAUGCCGGAAGCUAUGAUUUCAUGUAUCUAAUUUGGAAAUGACAAUAAGCUUCGCAGGUUCCA